CUGGAAACUCCUCAUCCAGCAACAGCGUCUAUAAAGUCUGAAUGAGGCUCGGGCUUCAGUACUUCGGUCUCCUGCUCAGUGUGGUUUUUGUGUUCCACGUUUGAAGCUUUUUGGUCACCAUGAAUCUGUGGUUUAGCGUUCACUUCCUGUUAGCGGCGCUGCACCUGAGCAGCUCGGCUCCGACGCAUGAAGAGUGCAGCGCUUUGGUCUCGCAUCUGUCUCUGAGCGACCCCAGUGUGAUGUACGGCAGGCUGAACUUCAUCAUGGGCUACGCUGAUCAUGAAGCAUACAGCUCCAUCCUGAAAAUGACUGAAAGCUCCUGGAUCAAAAUCAGUCCGUCACCAGAUGAUGUGCAAAGUAUUUUAAUGUCUCAGGAGAACAGAAUAAAUGGAAGCUGUUCUGGCUCAACAACCAAAGUAACCAUCCAAGGCGACACUCUCUCUACAGACGUGUAUAACGUGACCUCGAGCUUCCACGUGCAUCGGACCGGUUCUGACUGCUUCAGCUUCAGCAUCAACAGCACGGCCAGAAACCUCGGCAAGCUGCUCCGCCUGAUGAAGCUGGACGGCCCGUUCCCAGAUGAGAUCACCAGCCGGGCCUUCUAUGUGUUCUCGAGAGAAACAACCGUGAAGGAUUCGGAUCUGGAAAAUUUCAAGAAGCAGGCGAGCUGCUUCGGCUUCACCAAAGAACCAGACUUCCACUUUGACCCGAAGAAAGAGUUCUGCGCUGAAGGCGAAGGCAUCCGGGUGGUUUUACCAUGAUGCAAUAAAAGUAAAGAAACAGUGACUCAA